CGUUGGACGCGCUGUAGUUCAUAUGUUUUUAUUACUGUAGUCCCUGCCUAAUUCUGCAAUUGUGCAAAAUCAUUCAACAAGACAAAGGACGGUGAAGUAAUGAGACACGAAGCUCCUAUGCAGAUGGCUUCAGUGCAAGACUCCAGACAUGGGCAGAAAGAUACAUCUGACCAGAACUUUGAUUAUAUGUUCAAACUGCUUAUCAUUGGCAACAGCAGUGUAGGAAAAACGUCAUUUUUAUUCCGUUAUGCUGACGACUCUUUUACAUCCGCCUUCGUGAGCACGGUUGGGAUUGAUUUUAAAGUGAAAACUGUAUUUAAAAACGAAAAAAGGAUCAAGCUACAAAUAUGGGAUACAGCUGGACAGGAAAGAUAUCGAACAAUUACCACCGCAUAUUACAGAGGAGCGAUGGGUUUUAUAUUAAUGUACGACAUCACUAAUGAAGAAUCUUUCAAUGCUGUACAGGACUGGUCAACGCAAAUUAAAACAUACUCUUGGGACAAUGCCCAGGUUAUACUAGUUGGGAACAAAUGUGACAUGGAGGAUGAACGGGUGAUCUCAGCUGACAGGGGAAAACAUUUGGCAGAACAACUUGGUUUUGAAUUUUUUGAAACAAGCGCUAAAGAUAACAUCAACGUGAAGCAGACAUUUGAGAGGCUGGUGGAUAUCAUCUGUGACAAAAUGUCAGAGAAUUUAGAAACCGAUCCAGCAAUUACUGCAGCAAAACAAAGCACAAGACUGACAGAUAAACCCCCUGUACAGCAACCAAACUGUGGUUGUUAAUACUUUGUUCCAGGCUUCCUCAGUGUGUUCUAUUGCCAACAAGUAUUUAAAAAAAAAAUGUAGUUUUUUUUAUUUCCACUGUCUAUAUAUCUGUUUGGAGAAACUUUGCUGACGAUAGCCUGGAGGCUGAGAUGCUAUGAUAAAUGUCCCUGCUGUUUGCAAGAUAAAUACGCUUUGUAUGCUCUAACAGUUAGUAUGCUCCUUACUAACCUGAUGUUAUUUUUCUAUAAAGUGGGCUAUGUCAGGUUCCACAUAUUGUUGAUGUUGCAUCUGUGUGUUUAUGGGUAAAAUGUUUCUUUUUUUCAGUUGUACAUUUUGUUCAGCUUGUGUCUGGUCCGUCACUGAAUGACUAAUUCAUUUUAUUGUUAUUUAUGAAUGAAUUUGAGAUUCAUUUAACUGAUGUUGUAUGAGUUAUCCCUCAUUGGAAGACAACUGAAAGAUAUAGCCUGAGCAUUGUUUAGUUUUUUUAUAUAUACUUUCAGCAUUCAGGUAACUAAAGGGCUUCAUAGCUAUUGCUGUUAAAAAGGAUAACGAUACCAUAUGCAUUAAUGCUCAGCUAUUAAUACUAACAAUUUGGUAAGUGGAAUAAAGAUAUUUUUUUCCAACUAUAAUGUUUAUUAUGAGGUGCAGAAAUGUAAUAUCUACUGUAAGUAAUCACAUCAUUAAAAACAAAUGAAUGGUUUAAAAACGUUCCAUCUCAUGAAAUAGG